GAGAUUAGAUAAACGCCGCGGAGCGCGACCGAAGGGGAAGCAGCAUUCGAUCUCAGAACGUCCUCGUAUACGUAGCACAUCGAAACGCGCGGUUCCCGCACGACGUUCUAUCGAGUGAAAAUUCCAUUCCGGAGUGCUUUCAUCGACAUCCGCCAUGGGCUCACUGUUCCGAAGUGAACCUAUGACGCUGUGUCAGCUGUUCAUCCAGUCCGAGGCGGCGUUCAACUGCGUCGCCGAGCUGGGGGAACUCGGUCUCGUGCAGUUCAGAGACCUGAACCCGGACGUGAACGCCUUCCAGCGGAAGUUUGUCAACGAGAUUCGACGAUGCGACGAGAUGGAACGAAAACUAAGGUUUGUGGAGCGGGAGAUAAAGAAUGACCAGCUCCCACUUCCUGAAGACGGCGAUGAGGUGGGGAAUCUGCCCCAAGCAAGGGACAUGGUGGACCUCGAGGCCAACGUAGACCGCUUGGAGUGUGAACUGCGAGAGAUCAACGAGAACAACCGGCUGCUCCAGAAGAACUACGUUGAGCUGACCGAGAUAAAGCUCCUGCUCAGGACCAUCGACGACUUCUUCGACCAGCGAGAUCACGUGUUGGAGGAAGAAGGAGCCAUCGUGAUGCACGUGAACGAAGGGGACGCCGCUCACUCUUCAAGCUCCAGCUCGGAAGCCCACGUGCAGAUCGGGUUCACUGCCGGCGUUGUGCCCACGGUCAAGUUUGCAGCGUUCGAACGCAUGCUCUGGCGCGUCUGCAAGGGCAACGUGUUCGUCAGAAAUUGCCGUUUGGACACGCCCAUCGAAGACCCGACCACGGGUGACCCCGUGCUGAAAUCUGCAUUUGUGGUGUUCUUUCAAGGAGAAAAGCUGAAGGCUCGUAUCAAGAAGAUAUGCGACGGGUUCCACGCCACGAGGUACGCGGUGUCCUCGAAGCCCGCCGAGAGGCGCCAGAUGGCCGUCGACGUCCUGACUCGUCUCGAGGACCUCAACAUGGUCCUGAACCAGGCGAGGGACCACCGAGCCAAGGUGCUGGCCAACGCGGCGCGUUUCCUUUGCGGCUGGCAGACCAAGGUGGUCAAGAUCAAGGCCGUGUACCACGUGCUCAACCAGUUCAACCUGGACGUGACGCAGAAGUGCCUGAUCGCCGAGGGCUGGUGCCCGCAGGCCUCCCUCGCCGAGAUACAGAGGGCGCUCAAGAGGGGAACCGACGCGAGCGACAGCCACGUGCCGUCAAUCCUGAACCGGAUGGAGACGAGCGAAAAGCCACCCACCUUCAACCGCACCAACAAGUUCACCAGGGGCUUUCAGAACAUCGUGGACGCCUACGGGGUCUCCAGCUAUCGGGAGGUCAACCCCGCGCCGUACGCCAUCAUCACGUUCCCGUUCCUGUUCGCGGUGAUGUUUGGCGACGCCGGCCACGGCCUCAUCAUGUUCCUCUUCGCCCUGUUUCUGGUGCUUAGGGAAACCUCCCUGCAGAAGAUCAAGAACGCCGGAGAGAUUUGGGACACGUUUUUCAAUGGACGCUACAUCAUAAUGUUGAUGGGCCUGUUCAGCAUCUACACGGGACUCAUCUACAACGACAUAUUUUCCAAGUCGGCCAACGUCUUCGGGUCCAGCUGGCACGGUCCGAAAGACUUGCCCUUCGGAAACAAAACGUCAGAUCAGCCCAUCAUGCUGAAUCCAAAAGAAAACUACGCGGGAACGCCCUAUCCCUUUGGAUUGGAUCCAGUGUGGAUGAUGGCCCAAAACAAAAUUCCGUUCACCAACUCCUACAAGAUGAAGAUGGCCAUCAUUCUUGGCGUGAUGCAGAUGUUGUUCGGCGUUGUCCUUAACAUUUGGAACCACCUGUACUUCAAAGACCAAACGCCCUUAGGACCAGCAAAGUCUAAUAUGGAGCGUUUCCUGCGCACCUAUAUGAACAUCUGGACAGAAUUCGUUCCUGAGGUGAUCUUCUUGACUGCCCUCUUCGGCUACCUGGUGGUGCUCAUUGUGUUCAAGUGGACACUCCCAGAUGGCGCUCCCAACGGCGAGGGCGCCGGGUGUUCUCGCAGCCUGCUCAUCAUGUUCAUCAACAUGUUCCUCAUGACGUACACAAAGGACCCUUGCUACCAGGACUUGCUCUAUCCGGGACAGAAACCGGUGCAGAUGGCCCUUCUUGCCGUGGCCUUCCUGAGCGUGCCUUGGCUCCUACUGGCUAAACCGCUCUUCCUCUACUAUCUGUACAAGAAGCACUCCUCGGACAAGGGCAGCUCCCAGGACGUGGACAUGACGUCGGACGAGACGCCCUGCCUGGAGUCCGAGUUCAAUAGUCAACAGGUCGAGUCGGACGCCGCUCACGGGCACAGUCGGCUCCGAUUGCGCUCGGACAGUACGCUUCCACCGCCGUCCCAGGACGAGCAGCUCACGGCCUCAUCGUCGUCGGCACACUCCCCGGUGACGGCGAGCAGCACUCCGGAGGAAGCGCUCGUGGAGCCCCAGGACUGCGGACACGUGGACCUGGGCGACGUGUUCAUCCACCAGAUCAUCCACACGAUCGAGUACUGCCUGGGCGCCAUCUCCAACACGGCCUCGUACCUGCGACUAUGGGCGCUCAGCCUGGCACACUCCCAGCUGUCGGAGGUGCUGUGGCAGAUGGUGAUGCGCAUCGGGCUGGGCAUGUCCGGAAACUUCCUUGGCGGCGUCGCCAUGUUCCCCAUCUUCGCCGCCUGGGCCGUGCUCACCGUCAGCAUCCUGCUGGUCAUGGAAGGGCUGUCCGCCUUCCUGCACGCGCUGCGUCUCCACUGGGUGGAGUUCAUGAACAAGUUUUUCAAGGGCGAAGGUUAUGCUUUUGCUCCCUUUGAUUUCAAGGAAAUCUUGCUGGCUGCAGAAUCGGUGUGCUGAUCAAGGGAUACUUUUCUGACUCGCACUGCUGGCGCAGUGGUCAGAUGAUUUUUCCAAACAAAAAUAAAACAUAAAUGACCAUGACAGAAUCAAGCUUUUCUGAAGCGGCAGGUAAUAAAUGCAAGGAUCUACAUUAACAAGAGUAAGGGUUUAAACUUUUAUUUUGAGUCAGUGUUAUAAACUUUUUGGGUUCAAUAAAAAUGAAAAAAAAAAAAAA